AUGAGUUCAGUAGUAAAGAGCAUCUUGAAAGGAUUAAGAUUCAUAGCACAAUUAUUUGAGUCAAAAGAAGAACCAGAAAUGCAAAUUGGUCUUCCCAUAGAUGUAAAGCACGUCUCUCACAUUGGAUUGGAUGGUUCAUCCGCCAAUGAGCCAGAGAAUUAUAAUUUCAUUUUCAUUAACUUGCAAAGAAACCAGAAGUCAAAUCUUAGUAUUGAGUCAUCCUCUCAGGAUUCCACUGGCAAUCUGAAACAAUCUGUUAGAACCCACGUGUACAUUACAUGCAAGAGAAAGGAAGGAACAAGAGUUAGAACAGGUGGUAGCAAGGGAUUGGAGCAAGCAGAACAGUCAGCAAUUACUUUGUGGCAAAGUCAAUCUAAAGAAGAAAAGCAACGUGGCACAAUAUUGGAAGAGAGACAGUUGGCAAAUGAUAGAGAGAAGGUAGAAAGUGGAGUAGAGGAAAAGGAGGAAAAAAAGGAAGCUGGUACAGAAGGUUGA